GUCAUCUUGUGUUUAUUACCACUAUGUCUUGAUGAAGUUCUAAUCAACCCACCAUGCAUGAAGAAUGGUCGCACACACUCCUCCAAUCUGAUCCAAUGCGCUUCUAUCGCACGAAGCGCGACCGCCUACACCAGGCCGUCACAUCCAAGUACACCAUUCUUGGCUUCAUAUCUUCUGGAACGUAUGGUCGUGUUUACAAAGCACAGAGCCUAGAGCCAGACGGCCAGAUUCAUGCUAUCAAAAAGUUUAAACCAGACAAAGAAGGGGAUGUUGUCACAUAUACUGGUAUCAGUCAGAGCGCCAUUCGAGAGAUCGCACUGAAUCGAGAAAUCUCUCAUGAGAAUGUUGUCGCACUCAAGGAAGUUAUCCUAGAAGACAAGUCAAUAUACAUGGUUUUCGAAUAUGCCGAGCAUGAUUUUCUUCAAGUAAUACAUCACUAUUCGCAAACCCUUCGAAUCCAGAUCGCAUCACAAGUUCUCAAGUCCCUAAUUUAUCAGCUUCUCAAUGGCCUGGUAUACCUUCACUCUGCACAUAUUCUUCACAGAGACCUAAAGCCUGCUAAUAUCCUCAUCACUGCAUCUGGUGUGGUGAAGAUAGGAGACUUGGGGCUUGCACGAUUAAUAUAUCAACCGCUUCAACCGCUUUUUGCGGGUGACAAGGUUGUCGUCACUAUCUGGUACCGAGCUCCUGAACUCCUAUUGGGCGCAAAACAUUACAACAAAGCAGUAGAUUGCUGGGCCGUCGGAUGUGUCUUCGCUGAGUUGGCCAGUCUCCGGCCGAUAUUCAAGGGUGAAGAGGCCAAACUAGAUUCUAAGAAAAAUGUACCUUUCCAGCGCGAUCAGCUACUCAAGAUCUUCGAGGUCCUUGGAACUCCGAGUGAGAAGGAUUGGUCAGGCCUCAAAGACAUGCCAGAGUAUCAGAACAUGAAACGCCUUGACACGUACCCAAACCGCCUCGCCGAGUGGUGCCAAACGCGCAUCCGUUCGCAGCAAGGCUAUGAGCUCAUACGCCAGCUCUUUGCGUAUGAUCCGGACAAGCGCUUAACGGCUAAAGAAGCGCUGGGACACAAAUGGUUCCAAGAAGAUCUUCGGCCGACAAGAAACGUGUUUUAUCCUGUUUCCGCCCACCACCUGCCGCCCCAACGGCGAAUCACGCAAGAUGAUGCACCAUCCAUGAUGGGCAUGCCCGCACCCACGCAGGCACAGACACUGUCGCAAGUGCCUCCAGGGCAUGUUCAGGCUCAAGGGCAGCAUUUAUCACAGCAGUCACAGGUAAAUCUUUCCCAACAAUCCAAACCAGGUAGUACUGCUAGUUUCGGGAGCGUUAGUGGGGGAGCCGUUGCAAGCUUCUCAGGUGGUCAAGGAGGUUCUUCCAGAAAGAAGCCCAGAAUUGGAUAAGAGUUCAUUGUUUCUUGUAAUUGGCGUUACCUUGUGGAGUUUUGGGAGUUGUUUUGUUUCCAAAAAGCUGUCCAAACGUUGAACCAGAAGGUUCAGGCCUUGUGCUCCCUUAGAUUAUAAUCACGUGAUGCUUCCGUUUGCUAAACCGAUCAAGACAAACUUUCAUACAUACACC